CAGGGAAGUGUUUGAUUUAUUUCCUGACCCGGAUGUGCUCGAAGUAAAUUCAUCCCGUAGCCACACGUGUUAAAGGAUCCACGAUGGGAAAGUCCAAACAAAUAGGAAACCACAAGAGUGACAAGAAAAAGAACAUCGCAAAGACAUGGAAGACCAAGCGUCGGACCAAAGACCUGGACCAGAUCCACUCAGACAUGAAGCCUGAUACAGCCUCCAAGCUGCUGCACCAGGAGGUGGACUACGACGUGACUGGAUGUGCACAACAUUACUGCUUACACUGCGCGAGAUACUUUGUGGACAUGAGAUCCUUAAAGGAGCAUUUCAAAACUAAGCAGCACAAAAAAAGGCUGAAACAGCUCAGAGAGGAGCCGUACACCCAGGCAGAGGCAGAGAGAGCGGCAGGGAUGGGCUCCUACAUCGCUCCUAAAGCAGUCGAGGUGAAGACGCAGACUGUUGAAGAGGACAUGGACUGAGAGCAGCACGCUUGAACCCAAUGGACCGAUACAUUCAGUACAAGAAGCUUUCAGAAAACGGAUGAAGCUUCUGUUGUUCUGUCACAUGUUAAAUGCAUUGUUCAAUUCUGUGACACCCUUGAAGCCUGUCUGAUAGACUUCUAUCCCCAGAAUCAGAUCAAACCUGACCUUACACCGGGUAAUGUAAAGCAACAUGUACCUAUGUAAAUACUGAGUAUGUGUGGAACUGUGUGGAAUCCUAAUAAACCUAAAGAGAGAGUGGAUUUUA